AACUACAACAACCACCACAACGACUACGACAACCACCACGACCACAACUACAACAACUACCACGACAACUACAACAACGACUACGACUACGACAACCACCACAACAACCACCACCACAACGCAACAACGACAACAACAACCACCACUACAACAACAACGACAACAACCACUACAACAACUGCAACAAUGAACACCUUGCUUUGUGCAAGUUGUGCCGACCUCGCCAUUGUGCCCGA